AUGGCGUCUGCAUACAAGUCUGCUAUGCGUUCCGGCGAUCCUUCAGAUUCAGAUUCAGAUUCAGACACAGACUCGAUUUCAUCAGCUCAAAGCAGCAACACCGUUCAAGCUGAAUCGUCAGACGAGAAUGAACUCCCUUCGCAAAAAGAAAAGCGCAGCGAUGCCUCUCAGAUACCGGCCGAGAUCAGGAACCGCAUACUAAUGCUCACCUCUCGAGGAGUCUCGUACAGACAUCGCCACCUUCUCAGCGAUUUGCACUCUCUUCUCCCUCAUACAUACAAAGACACCAAGCUGGACACGAAGUCGUCGAACAAUUACAACUCUGCUCUUAAUGGUCUUGCCGACCUCCAUUCUUGCAAUUAUGUCUUCUUUCUUGAAGCGCGAAAACAUGGCCAAGAUCUCUACUUGUGGCUAGCACGUGCCCCGAACGGACCUACAAUCAAAUUCAGCGUGACGAAUGUGCAUACCAUGGCAGAACUAGGCUUCGGCGGGAACUGUCUCAAAGGCGGACGAGGUGUGGUGGUCUUUGACAAGAGCUUCGACGAAGAGAUUGCAGGCCAGGAACAUCGGUCGCUGAUUCGAGAAAUGCUUCGGGGAGUGUUCUGCGUGCCACCCAAAGGUGUUCGGGGUAUGAAGCCGUUUGUUGAUCGCAUCAUUGGCAUAUACGGCCUGGACGGCAAGAUCUGGAUUCGAGUCUACGAGAUUCGCGAAUCCGAACCGGAUAAGACUAACAAAGAAGCUGUCAAAGGGGCAGAUGUUUCGCUGGUCGAGAUUGGUCCGCGGUUUGUGCUCACUCCAGUGGUCAUUCUGGAGGGCAGUUUUGGAGGUCCUGUGAUCUAUGAGAACAAGCAGUUUGUCAGUCCGAACCAGCUGCGAGCCGAGACGAGGUUGAAGAGGGCUGGAAGAUAUGCCAGCAGGAGGGGAGGCGCAGAGGAAUUGGCUGUGAAGAGAAAGAGCCUGGGACUGAAGACGGGAGUAAAGAGGAGGCCUUCGGCUUUGGACAAUGCGCAGCUCUUCGGGUGA